AUGUCAGCGCUUCAGAGACUCAUCACAAAUGAUGAUGAUGAUGAUGAAGGCAGCAGAUGUCAGCGCGGUGGAGACGCAUCACACGACAUCAUCAGGAACAUCCUGCAGCAGGCCAAACACCAGACGCAGACGCCUGUGAUGAACGACGCACCAGUCCAGCAGGAAGAGGAGGAUUAUGGGACACUGGAGCCCAGCGUUCAGUCCCUGGCUGAUUUUGUCCAAAGCAUCAUCCAGAAGGUCAAAUGUGAAAUAAAUGAAGAUGCUGAGUCCUCAGUUUCUCCGUCCUCCGUGAGCCGCUCGUUCCAGACGCUUCCAGCGGAUGCGGAUCAGAGAGCGCAGGGGUUAAAGAUGGAGACGUGUCAGAGACCUCGCUCCUGUCCCAUCAGCAGCAGCAGCUGUGAGCUUCAGUCUCUGCAUCUGGACACCUUCAGCAUCACGCAGAGAGUCAAAGAAACUCUCACCGUCAACAACAUAGGUCAGCGAGUGUUUGGUGAAGAGGUUCUGGGUUUAACACAAAGCUCUGUGUCUGAACUGCUGUCGCACCCCAAACCCUGGACUAAACUCAGUCUGAAGGGAAAGGAGAACUUCAUUCGGAUGCAUCUGUGGCUCCAAGACCCCCAAAACAUCCAGAAGCUCAAUGCUUUGAAGAAGAGCGACCACAGAGCUCGUCUCAAGCGUGCUCUGAUCAGAUCAGACUGUGAUUCUCAGAGGUGGUUGGAUGCGGGAGGACAGGGGUUUUGUGAUCGCUGGGGACGGUGUGAGGUGAUGAAGAGGCCGCGUGUCGUCCUCAGCGCUCAGGAGAGAGAAGCACUGAUAGCGGUGUAUCAGACGGAGCCGUAUCCGUCUCCACACACCAUCGAGAGACUCGCAGCGCAGCUUGGCCUGCACACGAGCACUGUUAGCAACUGGUUCUACAACUACAGGUCUAGAAUUAGACGAGAUGGUUUUUCAGAACCAGUACAAACCAGAACAUUUCAGAAUCCAGCCGGUUCCAGUCCGGUUUCAGCCGGUUUAGUCCGAAUCAAACAGGAGCCCAGUGACGGAGAGAUGGAGGAGGACGCAGAUCUGCAGAGAGAUGAGCACAAUCACAUCUCUGUCGUCUGGAGCGUGAAGAGAGAGGAAGAUGAAGAUCUUUCUGAGCUGUGAGGUCAGCAAGGACUUUAUCUGACCAACAAUACAGAACAAUCUCAGGAACAACAUGAGAUCUUCUCCCUGCUUGAGCUCUAAACGUGACCAUUACAUAACUCAGUCUUUCUCAAGUCUUUUUUUUUUAUCAUGAUUUAUUUCAUAAUUGAAUUUAAUAAUAAUAAUCUGAUUGGCCAGAUUGGACUAUAUAUAUAUAUAUAU